GUGGGCGCUGCGCCAACGAAAGUACUGGAAGGUAGUGCUGCGUCUGCAGCCGUGGAGCCACUAACGCAGAUCACAUCUGAGGAGGCUAGGGCACCAAGUGUUCCAGCUGAGACAACAGUGGGCACUGCGCCAACGAAAGUACUGGAAGGUAGUGUUGCUUCUGCAGCCGUGGAGCCACUGACGCAGAUCACAUCUGAGGAGCCUAGGGCACCCAGUGUUCCAGCUGAGACAACAGUGGACACCGCGGCAACGAAAGAACUAGAAGAUGCUGUU